AUGUUCGUCCUUUCUAUGGACAUUGCUGCUCUGGACAUCAAGUAUUUUUCCCAAGAUAAACGACGCAACCAACCCCAAAUCAAGUUGACCGUCUUGAAGGAGGCGGACGUGGAGAGAAUGAUGAAGGAUAGUUCCUUCGAUCUGGGUGACUUUCACAGGCCGUAUUUGUCUGCGAGCCGCGAGGUUUCGGCCGCUCAGAAGAACCCUAAUUCUCUGGACGAAGACGAUAUUUUCCUCUUGAAGAACUUUUCUUGUUUUAUCCCUUCUCUGUUACCUCAUUUUCAGGCAAAUUUUAGAUAUUAUAGUGUGUCAAUGAUUAUGUAUGUUUCUUUGUUUGUAGUUGAGGAGUGUAACAUGGGCAUUGCUUGUUUGUAUUCAGCCGUAGACCCUCUGCGGAAAAGGCUUGGAUCUGGACAGGUUGAAGAGUUGAUUGAGGAACCUGAAGAUGACCUCAAGCUCAUUAGAAACAUGAAUUGUUGGAGCCCCGCAGGAGAUAGUGGGUUUGUUGGACGAGUUCCAACGAGAAGGAAACCGAAUUAG